AACUAUUUUCACUACAAACUUGAGCGUUUUCCCACAGAUGGCGCCUCUAGUUAAAAAUUAUAUAUAUACAUAUAGUUCACUUGUUUUGACACGUGAAACAAUUUAUUGGUUAGAACCUAAUACUUGUAAUAUGUUCAGUUAACGUGUUCCCUUUAAUGUUGCUCUGUUUGUAUAAUGUUCAUAAAUUUAUUUGACUUCACAGUAAUUGGUGAAGUAUAAAUAAUCUUCAUGAGUUUCAAUCAACAAUUAUUAAGCAGUGCCUGCAAACCUAAUGUAUGUGAUGUAAAAUAUUUAGAAUUUGUAAAUAAUGCAUUAAGGGAAACGUCAGAAAGUUUUGAAAGGGAACAAAAAUUGUCAGACAAAGUACUAUUAAACCUGUACAAUAUCUUUGGUGGUGUAUUUGAAAGGGCAUUAGAACUUUAUGAACAAGGUCGUGUAACUCAUAUUUAUCCAUCAGAAAAUACUGUAUCUGCAUCUCAUACAGAAAGAAAUAAUGCUAGAUACUUAAUACAAGUUAAAGGAUGUUCAGGAUCAGUUUAUACAUUUUUUCCUGAUAUAAAUUAUUGUGUUUGUGCUUCCUUUAGGUAUGGUUCUCAAAUUUCUCCUAGUUAUCAAUAAAUGGAAGUCUUAUAGUGUGUUAUUAAGUAUUAAUCUUACAGGUGUCAGGUAUUAAACGAUAGAUUAUUAUUUACCUGCAAACAUGUUUUAGCAGCUUGGCUUGCAACCAUUACUAAAUAUAAAUUGGUAUAUCAAUAUAUAACAGAGAAACAGUUCCAAAACUUAUUGUAUUAUCAAGUCUCAUAUGAGCAAUAUGUAUCCUGAUAUAGAAAGUUAUAAAUUAGUUGCAAAAUUAGGAAACCUCAAAACUAUAGUACAGUUAUUAAAAGCAAUUAAUUUUCAAGAGAGUGCAACUUGUUUUGGAACUGAAAAUGGUUUAAAAGUAACAGUGGAAGAUGCAAAAUGUAUGCAAGCUAGUGCUUACAUUCCAUCUCACAUAUUUCAAGAAUUUAAAUUGAAGGAAGAUAUAAUUUUUCGAAUAAACCUGAAUGUAUUAGUGGAAUGUCUUUGUAUGUUUUGGAGUAAUAUAAAUUCUCAAGGAAGCUCAGUGGCUUUACAGCUCUUUUAUAAAGGUGUUGGUCAUCCAGUAACAGUUCUUAUAGAAGAAGAUGGAAUUAUAACAGAUUGUUCUUUAAAAACUCAACAGCCCGAUGAAUUGUUAGAUUUUCAUCUUGAACCAGAAAAUGUUUUGAAUAAAGUAGUAUUACAAACUGAAUUAUUAAAAGAUAUUUUAUCAGAACUUGAUCCAACCAGUGACCUUAUCGAGUUGCUCUUAUCGCCUGCUGCCCCAUUUUUUCGAAUUAGUACAGCUGGUUUAGCAGGAAUUUGCCAUGUCGAGUUGCCACACGAUGGCGAAUUAAUAGAUAAUUUUCAAUGUAACUCGACGUCAACAUCUAGUUACAAGUUAUCGCAUAUUAAGCCAGCUAUGAAGGCAUUAUUAUAUGCGAAUAAAGUUUCUUUGAGAACCGAUACAUGUGGACUAUUAUGUUUUCAAUAUAUGGUUAAAACCGAUGAGGGACAUACUUGUUACAUAGAAUAUUAUGUAAGAGUUAACUUAAUUUCAUGUUAUUCGUACAUUACGAAGAACCGCGUGAAAGUAGCGCGUAAAUACAAUAAAGUAUUGUUUCAGAUUUCACCUGUGAUAGACCCAGACGAAUAGUUGUAUUCUAAAUCAUAAUGGGAUAUACUCAAUCGUUGUAUAAAGUCUCAUAUGAAUUGUAAUUACAAUUAUAUAUUUACAACCGA